AUGGCGAAGAAAAGUGGCGGCAACCGGCUGCCAAGGAGCCUCUCUACCAAGAGCCUCCCGGCUUCUGGCUCCGUCAAAGAAGAGCCUGAGACGACACCGGACCCCAAGCACUUCCUCUUGAGCACGGCUCGACGCAGCCUUGAGGGUGCACUGUCAGGAUCCCCGCCAGUAGCUUUCCAGACACUGAAUCCGUGCAUCCUGUCCCUACCGAAAUCUGUGGCAGGAGCUGUGGAUACGCCUACGACGACGGAGAAGAAGGCCAAGAAGGAAACCAAAGCCAAGAAGGACGAAAAGGAGAAAGACAAGAAGAAGUCAAAGAAGAAAAAGAAGAAGAGCUCUUCCAGGAGCUCCAGCAGCGACAGCCCGCAGCAGGAGUCUUCCGACGAGGUGGCCUCCGACGAUAUGUUCGCAGAGGCUGCUUCCCUUUUCGGCUUGAGGCACAAAGACUUGGUUCGUGGGCCUUCGGUGUGUCGUUUGGAAGACCUCACAGCCCGGCAGCUAGCAUAUGUGCUCAGCGGCUUGACUUCGGCUCUACCGGCAGCUGAUGUACUCGAUCUCGGUGGACAGUUGGAAAGCCACCAGGUGGACCGGCUUCAGAGAGCCCGGAAGACCAAGCAACGGGAGGAAGAGAACGAAGCUGCUGUGAAGGCUUCGUCUUUAGAAUAUUUCUGCCGAGGCACCGGGAAGCAGCUCAACUCCUUGCUCCUCACGAACUGCCAGAAGCAGGGCUGGGCCCGUGACCACUUCGAGAAGGUUCUUACGGACCGUGUGCAGGUGCUCUCCCAGGAGGCGAGUGCCGAGUUGCAAGAGUGCUUGCUUGGUGGUGCCAAGAAGCGAAAGACCGAGGACCCCAAGAAGAUCAACCCAAACAAGGUGCGCCGGACCUCGAAGCUCCCUGAAUCCCCCCAGAAGUCUCCCUCCUUGCAAGACGACGACGAAGAGGAGGAGGAGGAGCAGGAAGGAAGGAGAGACAAAGGCAAGGAUGCAAAGGCAGGAGAGGAAGACUCAGGAUCCGAGAAGUCCGCCGACGGUGACGAGUCGGACGAUGACCUCUUCAAGGAUGGUUUCUCCCAAACCCCAGCAAAACCAUCCGGGCCUGGCCUCUUGGGCCAGCUCCCCGCCAAGUACACAGAGAUGGCAGCAUCCUUCGAGCCGGCUUUGAUGAAGACUUUCCCCGCAGAUUUCUCCAGGUCUGACUUGAUCUGCUUUCUCAAGACGCUGCACAAGGAAGAAAUCGUCAACUUGGACACAGCCAUGGAUGUCUGUGGGGUCGAAGGCGACCUCGCCGAGCACCUUGGCGAGUCCAGGCCGCACUACGAUCGCUUGAGUCUUCGUGGCAAGCGAAUGGUCACUGCUUGGCAGAAGAAGAUUCUUGCCAUCCCCAACUCAGGAAUGGCGGAGACGACCUGGUUCACGGAGCGCCUCCGUGAGCUGUGUGAGACCGAGCCGGAUUCGAGGGAUGCCCUCCGAGCGAAAAUCCGCGAGAAGAUCGAGUUUGUAGAUUCGUGCAUUCAGCACGGACGUGCUUUGGGUCAGAUUGCUUUGUCAAAAGGACUCUGGGAGGCACCUUCGGCUGUGCUUCGUGAUCAGAAUGAGGCUGUGGCUAAGUUCCGGAACAGAUGCUCCGAGUUGGGUCUGCCACUGCGGCCAGAGCUCUUCCAUGACCCGGAAGAAAGGCCAGAGGCUGCAGAGCCGCAGCAGCUGGCAGAAGCUGAAGCCACAUCCGCCUCGGCAAGUUCACCAGAGAAGAUUCGCAGCCCUACGAAGAUUCUGUAUCUCAAAGCCGCAGCUGGAAUCAAUGGUGUACUGCAGCUACACAAGGCCAUGAACAAAACAACAUGCACUGCACUCUGUCGCAUCCACAUGUCAAACAGGCCUGAGCAGCAGGGCACCCAAAUUGCAAAAGCCUGGAAAGUGGAUCUCGGUAUCCAUUUGCCACGCCGGCAAGAUUACAAAGGCAAGAUUGACAUCGUUGGAGUUGGUCUGCAGGUCCGUGGCUGUAAGCCGCCGCUCCAGGAGGCGGCCAUGGGAUGUUUGAUUCGUGUGCGCAAUUACGAAGUCCAGCUCGACAGCCUGAAUGACUUCCUAGAGUUCACCAACCUCAGACAGAGGUGGAGGUUUACAAAAAUCUUCACCAAGGGCCAGCAGAAACUGCAGACAGGCAUCAAACUGCACGUGCUCGCAUGGUUUCUGCUACGUGUGCCCUUCCUAGACAGCUUCGAGGACAUCAGCUACUCCCGCCUUCAACGGCGAUUGCUCCACCGCCUCAGCCAAGCAGCCGAGCAAAAUUUCCCCGCAAUCCUUCGACCUGACCUACCUGUUCUGCAAGCAGACCAUAAACUGCACCCGGCGAAGAAGGGAGGAGGAUUUCUUGGUGCAACAUCCGACCAGAGCCUAGAGAAUAUGGACUUGAAGGGGGUGCUCCCGGUCCAUUAUAGCAGGACUGCAGCGGAUUUCUACUUCCGGUACAUCCGGAAAACUGGCGAGAUCUUGGCGGAGGAGAUUGCCAAGAUGACCCUGAAGAGCUUCAGUGUCCUCUGCGUUUGGCUUCCGGUGGUGUGCUGCAAUGACUUUGCAGCAGUGGGCACUUUGCAAAAGAUGGAUCCCCACCACGUGAGUGAGGUGGAUACUGCUACGAAGAUGAAAGCUGCAGCCCAGAUCGCCGGUGCUACAGCAGAUCUCCUGGUGGCCGACCGGCCUCGCAAGAUCAAAGAAGUGCACCAAAAGAAGCUUGCUGCCAAAGAGCAGCUGCAGGCCCUCCACAACUGCAUCCAACAUAUGGGCAUCAACUUCGACCAGCUCUGGCCGGAUGAAAGCCUCCGUCCCAUCAACCCGCUGAUGGAGCAGCGGCUGUGUCACCGCUUUGAAGGGGAAGACAGGAUGUAUGUGCACAAUGCGAUGACCUCCGAGUGCCACUGGGAGCCUUUGAACGGGGCUCACUACCGCCUCGUCUUGGCACCGGACGAGGGAUCCUCAUUGUUCACGGGCUUUAUGUUUUUGGCUUCGAAAGGAGCUGCCAUUGGGUUCAACCGUGACGAGUGGAAUGGCCUCGCGCCAACCGAGAACGAAGAUGAGGACUUCGAAAAUGUCGUCGGCAUUCUCUCGAAGUUGGUGAAGCCACUCGGCUUUCACAAUGCCGGCGUCAACCCGUUCCACAUUCUCUCCAAGCAGGCCGAUGUGGAGGCUCCUGAAUCCAGCUUCGAGAAAGUCGUGGAUUUGACGGCUCUACGUGUGAACUUUUCCAGGGACCCGCUGACAGCAGAAACGCUACUCGAGCAAGUGCUUGCCUACCUCGCAUGCUGUUUCGAACUCCUGGAGUACGCCUCCUACCUCCGUUCCUUCCCUGCCUUGUCGGCUGCCCUCCUAGCUACAGAAAGCACAGAGGCCACUCGGGCACAGGUUCUGCAGGAAGCAAAAGCAGAGUGGAGCACGGUGUUGGACAUGGAAAAAUCGACAGCAGGGAUUUGCAAUGAGUCCGAAGAGAAGCUUACACCGGCCACUCCCGAGUUGACUGAGAAGGACUGGGAGGGCAAAGAGGUCAGGGCGCUGAAGCACAAAAUUUGGAGCCCCACUUCGGCCCUGCCGUGCAAGAACAUCCGCUUGGAGGAAAUCUUGAAGCCGUUCGCAACCACGAAUGGAGAAAGCCCGAUCGACGCCUCGAACCACUUCUGGGUUGCAAGCUGCUUUGAGAGAGGAGUUGUUUUUCGGCACGAGGGCAAAUUCUUCAUGUGCACAGGCAACACCUAUAAGAGAACCACUAAUAUCCGCGAUGCCUGGGCUUCAUUCCCUCUUCAGGCUGAGAUCUUUCAGUGCACUUUCCACGUUGCAGAUGCUGCCCUUGCUGCAAAGACAGGCAGCAUUGUGAUUCGGAGGGCCCCAAGGGGCUGGAGCCUCCUGGUGUUUUUGUUUCGAACAGAACGCAUUCUUACAAUCACAUCAGCUGCACUGACUGAGCUUCUCCUUUUGGAGGGCAUGAGAUUGCCGAAGAACGCUGCAAAAGCAGCGAAGAUCAGAAAGCUCAUGGAGUCUACUUCUGUGGCCGAGCACACAGAUCAGAACUUGAGGGACAAGAUCGAAGCACAGCUUUUGCAUCAAGAUCAGAAGAAAAAGCGAAAGGGCGAUACAGGCGAUGAGCAAGAUGAAGAGGGCGACGUGGAGCAGGCAGAGCAGGAGAUCGAUCCUGCUUGUGUUGCUUGUGAGCAGCUUCUCGCUGACCUGGACAGAGAGGAGGAGGCUGACCGAGUGGACGCGACUGGGCCGAUUUUUAACAUCUGUUCCCGUGUCAAUUACAAAAUAAAUGUUCUAGACCUUUGCAAACUAACACAAAGAAAGCAUUCCACAGACCCACAUUGA